GGAAAAGCUUGUGUUGACACCCCGCCAUGGCCGCCACGCAGACCAAUAUCAAUGCUUUCUUCAAGGCUAAAAAGACUGCACGGGCCGGCCAUCCAAUCAAGGGUUCCGUUAAGGGCGAUGGCGAGAAAACAAGAACAAGAAUCCUGAAAGAAGGACAAGAGGAUGCCGCCAGGACACCCCCCGUGACACCCAAGAGGAAGCUGGAGGCUGACGAGGAGACCAGGAGGAAGAGGAGGAGGGAGGCUCUGGAGAAUGAUGACUCUACACCUACCACCCCAAGGACCCCCAAGACCCCCAGGACACCCAAGAACAAAGUGCCGGGAGUGCCACAGACGCCACGCUCCGCCAAGAAGAGGCUCAUCAUGGCACCAGAGGAUGAGGGGAGUGCCAAAGAGGACCAGAACAGCCUCACAGCAUCACCAUCAAAACUCCCAAAGCUGGAUAGAGUGCAGAAACUGACACCCCAGCAAAUGAAGGAGGCUCUGGGGAAGUGUGGGAGGCUGGAUGAGCUGCGGGCAAGGCUGCUGCGUGUUAACCAGUGCGGGGAGAAGCUACGAGAGUUCAGGGAAAAAAAUUUGUCCGGCUCACAGUCCCCCAAGCUCCUCUCUCCCAGGAAAGUUGACUCAUCCCUCCCGCUGGAAAAGUUCUCUGCUAUUGAAAUUGAGUUGCCUGUCAGCCCAAAGAAGACCCCAAUCAAGACCCCAAUUAAGUCCCCUCUCAAGCCGCCAGCCUUCGAGCGCUACCAACACCUGCUGGGGAAGCCAUCCGAAGAGUUUUCCCUGCCCUUCAAGCACCGGCUAGUGAAGGAGGUGUUCCGUUGUGUGGAUACUGUAGUCUCAAUCCUCCACAACCGACAGGAGUUGAUCACCUAUGCUAAACUGAAGCCAGCGGUGCAGCAGAUGUUGAGCAGAACCUUCAGUGAACAGUACCUUGGCCAGAUUAGGACUGUGUUCCCUCUGGCGUACUUUUUCAAUCAGGAGAACAUUAAGGACAGCAUCAGUACAGCUAAAGCAGGAGGAGGCAACAGUUCCUAUCAGUUAACAGUCAAAGCCAACCUGGAGUAUAAGCCAUCCACAGCCCAGAAGAACCUGUCCAAGAUGUUUGUCAGUUCCCCGGCACCUCAGAUGACAAAGACACAGUUCCGCAAGAUGGACUCGAUAGUGAUGGUGGAGCGGCGAAACAUCUUCCACAACCUCCUCAUUGACCAUGUGAAGGGAUACCAUGACCAGUUCCUGCAGUCCCUGGAUCCCCCUAUCUCGAGUGCCGGUUUGAGCAUCAAGAGGUGGCACCCAGACUUCCCCCUGGAGGACGUGCCAGAGGUGGAGGCAGCUGCUCUCCCCCAGCCGCCCCAUGUGGAGAAGCUAGACACUGCCAGGGAUGUGUUAGAGAAAGCCCAGUCCCUGCUGUCGGUCAACCCUCGAAUGGAGCAAGCAGUGAUAGAGGCUGCUGCUAAGGUGCCCCCACAGCCAGAGACAGCCCCAGCACCCACCCCAGACGUGCCUGUCCAGCCUGCCAAUGUGUGUGCCGCUCUCAAGGGCAUCUCGAGUGCACUGCUGGAGAAGGUGAGGGCACGUGAGGCAGCCAAGCGAGCCAAGGAGAUGACCCGCAGCACCAAGGCAAACAAGGAGCUGGAGAUGCUGUCCAGACUACCUGAGAUGGCCAGAAUCAUCCGCAACACAUUUGUGACGGAGAAGAAGGCGGCACUGACCUGGGACUCAGUGGUGGCCAAGAUUGUCGCCAGUAACUCCUCCAUGGUUGGUUCAAGUGAGGUGGACCGCCAGCUACACCUGCUGGUUGAGGUGGUGCCGGGCUGGUGCACCAUUCACAAGGUACGCAGCGGUGUUUUCCUCAAGAUCAACAAAGGGCAAGAGCUGAGCAGUGUGGUGGACGUGCUGAACAAAGUCAUCAAGGAGCGCCAGUGAAUUCUGUGAUAAUUUGCUCUCACCUGCCAGUCUUUGUGUGUGUGUGUGUGUGUGUGUGUGUGUGUGUGUGUGUGUGGGGUAAAGUGUACAGCUGUGAUGCCUGUUACUUUUACUACCUAAUGUGUUUAUUAUGACUUCAGAUGUAGAGUGAAUUAGUACUUCUUAGGUGGUACAAAUAAGAGACUUGUGCACUGCAGGAUGAGAAUGCCAUACUACUAUUUAUGAACAAAAAAAAACAUAGUUUUAGUUGGGGUGAUAUUUUUAGUGGAUAUUUUUUUAUACAUAUUGCCAAAGAGUGUACAUUUAGUUCAAGAUAACAUACCCUUUUUUUCAGAGGGUGUUCAGAUAACUUAAGCAGAGUUGGGAGAGGGAGGGUAGGGUGGAGGGUGCUGGACAAAAAAGAGAAAAGAAAAAAAAAAGGCCUUAAAAGAAGAAGAGGAGGAGGAGGAGGAGAAGGAGGUGGAAAAUUGGUUUGAGCAGUUAAUUAAGGGCCAUUGUUACCUCAUCAUAGGGAAAGUGGAGCCUUUGUGUGACUAUUCUGCCGGUUUUGUUAAGAUAAUUAGGACAAGAGAACAAAACCACCGUCUGUCACAACCAGUUCUUGAGGUGUAACACAAGACAUAAUUAUUUAGUAUAUUCCUGUUCUACUUAUACACAUGAGAUUCUAUUGGACUUUUUGAUAGCAUUGGGCAGCUGGCUUGGCAAUGCUGCUUGUGUCAGGAAGGAGAAGCAAAGUUUAAAGAAGCAGAGUUUUAAGAGUGUAGGAUAUUUGUAAUUGAUGUUUAUAAUUGACGUGAUAGUGAGUAUGAAGUAAUCUCACUGGGCUGUCAUCUUUUGUUUCUUCAUGUUGGAUAAUUACUUUUAAGAAUUAAGGACUUUAAUUUGACAUAGUAUUCUGAAGUUAUCAUGCUGCUAACUCUAAAUACCAAUUCUAAUUUGUUUUGAAUUUAAUUUCACGCAUAAUUUAUGUCUACAUUGAUAAUUUACCUUGUGUUUAGGUGUUAGGUAAUAUAAAAAUUGGACUUAACUUGAGAAUGAGUGGUCUCUUGUUAAUCUUAAGCAUGAUGAAGAUAAUGUUGUGGUUGUCAAUCUUAAGCCUGAUGAAGAUAAUAAGAUAAUGCUGUGGUGAAUUAAUCUUAUGCUUGACAAUUUGAUGGGAAAAUGGUCAGAUGGUGGAGGUUAAGGUCACUUGCAUUGCUCUGAUACUUAAGCACUGGUUUAUAUAAAGGAGACUUGAGAUAUUUUAAGCACCUGAAUUUUGUACUGUUGAUAUUGAAUAGAAGAACCAAAAUAAGGUAUGUCAGAUUGAUUAAGGGAUUGAAAUUAAUUGAGGAAAGUUAAAACGUUUGGUCAAGUGCCUUUUAAAAGUGAUAUAAAAGAAUGUUGAGGGUUAGAGGAAUUGAGAAGGGUUAAAAGUUCAGCCAAGGGGCUUAUAGAAGUGAGAUAGAAGAAUGUUGAGGGUUAAAGUGAAUUGAAAGGAGUUAUAAAGUUAAGUCAAGUGCCUUUUAAAAGUGAGACAAAAGAAUGUUAAGUACAAAUGUUAGAAUCAAUUGAAAAAUUAUAAAAAGUUCAAUUAGGUGCCUUUUUAAAAUAAGAUACAAGUAUAGUAAGUACAGAAGCUAAAAUCAAUACAAAAGAGAGAAAGUUCAGUCAUGUACUAAUAAUUAAAAAAGAAGCACAUUGAAAUGAAAAAAAUUGCCACAAAACUUGAUAAUGAUUGAAUAUGUUAAAAUAAUCACUCGGGUGCCUCAAGUCAUAUUAAUUCCUAUCCAUUACUGCGACUGAUGAUGAAGAUGAUAGUCACUUGAUGUACACACUAAAGUACUAUGCAAACCAUGAGCAAAUAGAUGUAACUAGUUGUCUUUUUAAAUCUGUACAUAGUUCCUUUUGUACUUUGGAUAGAAAAAAAAUACAUGCUGUUUUGUAUUUAA